CCUUUCUGUUUCCUGUUGUUGUUUCAGCCCGAACGUAUUUUUAUAGCAACACAAGCAUCAUGGACGCUGAAUCGCAGCGUGUUUUGGAAUAUUUGUCAGAAGUCGAGGAGGCAGCUGAGGAUGUUCUCACCUCUAAACAACAGAUUGUGGACCUGGACUCAAAGAGAAACAGGAACAGAGAGGCAUUGAACGCACUGAAGAAUGAGCUGUCAGAUUCAGAGAAAGUGAAGGUUUGCUUCGGAAACAUGUUCAUCAAAUUUCCCAAAUCCAAGACAAGAGAGAUGAUUCAGAAAGACCAGGAGCAGCUGGACAAGGAGAUCAAUGACCUUCGCAAAGGACUGAAAGCAAAAGUCAAUCGUCUCAAUGAGAUGCAAGGAAAACCAGAGCUGAGAGGCUACAACCUGUCUCCUCUGUCCACUGAUGAAGUCAAAGCUAUCAACAGUCUUUUAAAGAGGUGACAUAAAGUGCCAGCCUCUGGAGGACACAGUAAAUGAUCACUUUGGACAAUCAACAACAUGCUUGCAGUUGUAUUUUCUUAACCUGAGAACAGUCAAACAUUGUACUCUUAGUAUAUAAAAGUACAAAAAGCAGGAAAGGAAGUUGUUCCCUCCUUCCUGUGAUUUGGUGAAGUUUCACUCCAACUAGUGAUGGAUGAAACUGUGUCAUUUUCUACAACAAUGUUGAUAUCUGUAUAUAUUGUAUUGUGAUAUAAAGUUUCAGCAUAAUCAAUGUAGAAAUUGUAAAGGGAUAAAGUAUUAAGACAGGAAUGCCUUAUUUUGGUUAAUCAACUAAGGAAAUACUUGAAAAAGAACUUCAUAACAUUGAUGCCAAUGAAUCCAAUUAAACAGUCCUGAUCAAUGAUUUACACCACUGCUCUAAUGGUCUAGUUCACCCAGAGAUUUUAGGAUUGUUGUAAAUCCAUGAUAGUAGACAAAUUUAUAUCAACUGACAGAUUAUGUUGUCAUAUUCACCACCCCAACUCCAACUCUGUUUAGCCAUCUUGAUAAGCUGUCUGCUUUGAAACCAGAGCCAGAGGAAACCUGCAUCUGUAGAAGCCGAGUGUGAGCACAGCUACUCUGUGUGUUCAAAGCAGUGCUGAUGUUAUUUUGGAGUCUUGUCUCCUCUGUUUAAUCUUGCAGUUUUAUUUUUGUUUCUUUUAGUCAUAGCUGGUGCUGUGGCUGCUGUGCUCUGUAGCCACUGGCCUCACCUUUGCAGCUAGCGUUCUAGUUAGCUUACUGCUAGCCACAUCCACAGCAGGUGCUGUUCCAAAAUAACGAGAAUUAUUCCAGUAAUGUAAUUGAACAGCACAUUUUUAUGGAAGCCCAUUGCAUUCACCAAAGAAAGCAAAAUUGACUGUAUGUCAUAAUUAUGACUUUGGUAUUUCAUGAUUAUGACUCACUAUCUCAUAAUUACAAGAUAUCAGCUGUUAAAUUGCAUUCUGUGAUCUAUCAGAUUCUGUGACCUGAUGAGGAUUUUCAGAUGCAAAUGUCUUUAUCAAACUUUAUUGAAUGCUUUAUAUUGAUGGUUGUUAUCAAAUGGCACCAUAGUAUGUAGUUAGACUAACACAUUCUGAUAUAUUGGAUACAUUUAGAUCCAUGACUUUGUAUCCAUGAAGCAUCUACUACUGAACGACUGAGCAGGUCUGAGAGCUUCCUGUCUGAAAAAGGACUUCAGAUGUUUAGAUGUUGAUUUAUGAAUUGUUCUGCCUAUUAUUUUUCUCUAAGUGUUUCAUACAUAAACCCUCGUGCAGGAUACUGAUGCUUUAUUUCAUGUUCAUCAAUAUAUCAGCCUCACGUACAUAACAGCAUUACAUCUGGACAUGUGAUUGAUUAUUCACUCAAGGCACAGAAUACUUCACAGAAUGAUACCAUCUGCUCAUCCACAUUAAUAUCUCCCACUGUCUCAAGUCUAGAAGAAAUAAAAGCUAAUUCAGUCUCUUUACAUUUGACAUUUCUCAUAAUUACAAGAUCAAGAUGUCAUAAUUAUGAGAUACCUUUCCCGUAAUUACAAGAUCUUUUCUUGUAAUUAUGAGAUAGUAAGUCAUAAUUAUGAUACUGAAAUCAUCAUUAUGAGAUUUAAGGUCUCCAAUAUUUUUUCUGCAGUGAGUGCAGUGGGCUUCUGUACAUUUCAGGGGAACUGGGUACAUUUGUUAAAAGAAAGCUAUGGUUUAUUACUAUUUGGGUUUUAUUUUUGUAGCUUUGGAUAUUUACAUGUUUUACUCACCAAAGUGAUCUAGGAUCAUCGCCUACAAAAGGUUCAGAAGGGAAACAAGCUGAGCAGUCACUGAUCUUGCAGCUUUUAAACAAGCCAAAGCUUUAUCCAAAUUGUAUGAACCAAUUUAUUUAGAGGUCAAACUGAAAGUGAGAGCAGCCCUGAUGUUGCUAAUCUGUCUUUGCUCAGGAAAAUGUGAGUGUACCCAUUAGUUCAAAGUUGAACCUAUUUUUAGCAAUACUAUCAUGACCAACACAACCGAGGACCAGAGCUCUGAAGAUCAAACCCAGGUUGUAAUAAACUAUAGUGUUCCUUUAAGCAAUUUUAAUAACAUAGAAGCUUCUUGCUCUGCGGGAUUGGACAAGAAACGAUCUGACAUGACCUGACAUCCUGCCUAGUUUGGGGUCCAGUGAAAAUCAAGUCAGGUGAUGUAAAAGGCCACAAGAUGGCAGCACAGUGCAGGUGUACAGCAGAGAGACUGAUAUGAUUCACUCAUUGCUUCCAUCCGCAGUCUCUACUAGUCAUCAAAUGCUCUGGGAUUACUACUGCAUUGCUCUGCAGACUUGUAAUGCACACCAGCAUUGUUGUUGUAAAGUUAAUAAAAAUCUUAAUAACCUCCAG